AUGCCGCAUUUCCCCAUGAGAACAGGACUCGAGACGGAAAUAGACCAACAUCGGGAGGAUGUCAAGUCUGAGUCUCGGUCGUCGCAGCCUUCUGUCGAGGUGCGCGUGAAGAACCGUCGGAAGCGCUACUUGGAUAUGCAUCCCGAAUACUUCUCUGCGGAUCUCGAACUAGCCGACCCAUUACUAUACGAUCGCCUCAUCCGACGAUUCCAAUCAACAGCAGAAAGAGAAGCAGAAGGACGGACUAAAGGAUUUUCAGGAAUCCUUCAAGCAGACCUACUACGCUCGGAAGCCAAAAUGGAUGCCCUUGCGCAUCCGGAUCCCCACGCCAUGUUCAGCUAUAAACGCGGUCCCAGCGGGGAAAUUCUAGCGGAAGACAGAGACGAAAUACCCCCCAGUAAAGAAGAGGGAGAGAAGCAGUGGCGUUGGGAGAUGACAAUGCGGUUUUUGAAGGGCGAAAAUUGUGACUUUGACUAUGCGACGGUUGACGAGAAUGAUGAAUACGAUGAUUGGAACGAGGCGCAAGAGGAAUACUUUGACAAUGAAGAACCGGAGUGGACAAUCGAGGACGAGAAUGGAGGUGAUAUCAACUCGCGACUACAAGGGGAGACGGGUAUUCAGGAUUUCUAG